GGAAGUACUACAUUGCUACUAUGACGAUGGUCACAGCAUCAACAGCGCUCACCAUCUUCAUUAUGAACAUCCAUCACUGCGGUCCUGAGGCUCGACCUGUCCCACUGUGGGCCGAACGCUUCAUCCUCAAAUACCUUGCCCGCAUCUGUUUCGUGUACGAGGUGGGAGAAAACUGCCUUGGCAGGACUUCAUCCAAGAAACAAGCUCUGUCCCAGGAGGAGUCUGAUGCCCCUUCAGCCAAUGGCAACAGCAAAGGAACAAACUGGGACUUGAAAGGGCAGGAGUUGGGGAGCAAUAUGGAGGAGAACAGGGCUGGGGAGUCUCUGAAGGCAGGGCGGGAUUUAAACAACCAAACGGACUGGAAGGAAGAUCUGUUUGUGAACAUCGACCACUCGGACGAGGGGGGAGCUGCAGGAGGACAGACAGGAGAGAGGGAGGAGUCAGACAGCACCUGUGGAGGAGAAGGAGAGGACGUCCAGGAAAAGAAAGGUGUAGGAGGUGAAGGGGGAGGCGGAGCCAGAGGAAAAAGGAUGGAAAUCCUGGUGAAAACCCAGUGUGUGUGCCAGCACCAGGGGCUGGGCAGGAACGUUCAGUAUAUUGCCAACUCGUACCAGGACCAGCGGGCUGCGCAGCUCCGCAUUGGGGAAUGGAGGAAGAUCGCCAAGGUCAUGGACCGCUUCUUCAUGUGGCUCUUCUUCAUCAUGGUCUUCCUUAUGAGCAUCCUCAUCCUCGGGAAAGCCAUUUGAUGGAGUCGUGGUGCACAGAUUAAAGAUGCUCUUGAAUGUUUCUUGAAAGGGAAUUUAGCAUUUUAAACUCAUGGCCCUAUUUUUACAUUUUAAGUUUUGGAAUUUUGCCACUGGAUUUCUUCUGUCUGCAGCCAUGAAACUGGCUGUAGUGGCUGCAAUAAAAUCCAAUCCAAUCCCCAAUUUUUGACUCUAUCCACUGUCCUGUCUCUCAAAUAAAGGAAUACAAAGCCCAAAAAUAAAAAUGAAACUUAAAAAAAAACCCAAACAAGAAAUGACUAAAUCUAGGAUUUCUAUCUAGGAUUUCUUUUUUUGUUGCAGUGGUAGCCAACAGGUAUAGAUAUCGUUUGAGUUUUACUUGUAUCAAAGAUUAAAAUUUCAGUAUGGUGACUAGGUAAAAUAACUAACUUUUUUUCACAACCUUAAAGAGCCCAUAUUAUGCCUUUUUUGGGGUUCGUAUAUUUAAUCUAUGUACCUACUAAAGUA